AUGGAUUUGAUAUCACAGGUGGAUCCCCCUAACCAGACCUUCACUUACAUCCUGACGAUGGCAUCCUUUGACAUCCCCUCACCAGUAAACUACCUGGUCUUCGCUGUGGGUGUGCUGGUGUACAUGUUCUCUUUCUUUGGCAACCUGACUAUUCUGGUGCUUAUCAUCACCCAGAAGAGUCUACACAAACCCAUGUUCUACAUCCUCUUUAGUCUCCCACUCAAUGAUAUUAUAGGAAUCACUGCCUUCCUACCCAGGUUGCUUCAUGACAUUGUUACGCAGACCAACCUUGCAUACUACCCCACAUGUGUCCUGCAGGCCUUCUGGCUUCAUAUGUACGGAGGCGCUGUUCUUUUCAUUCUUGCUGCAAUGUCCAUUGACAGAUACCUUGCAAUAUGUAAACCACUGCAAUAUCAUUCACUCAUGACACCUUUUACAAUGUGCAGUCUAAUCACAUUAGCUUGGGGCUUUGACUUUGUCCUCAUGCUCAUUUUGUUUGGCCUCCAGGCCAGAGCUAAAAACAGGUGCAGGAGCACCCUGCAAAAUGUCUACUGUGAAAACGUUUCCCUGCUUCUCCUCUCUUGUGGUGACGAUCUGACCGUUAACAACAUUUAUGGUGUUGCUAUGACAGCGUUCUUUCAGAUUGUUAGUUUAGUCAUUCAGCUUUUUUCUUACGCUAACAUUUUAGUAGUGUGUGUUAUGAAUCGACAUUCAGACACCAUAAGCAAGGCUGUGAACACGUGUUUGUCUCAAAUUUUCACAUUUGUUAUUUUUGAAUUUCUAGCCACAUUUACAGUAGCAGCAUAUCGUUCACAGACCUUAUCCCCAAAUGCUCGAAAAUUAAGUUCAAUGUUGGUUUGGAUCCUACUUCCUGUACUCAACCCAAUUAUAUAUGGAAUAAAAACAAAGGAUAUUAGAGCUGUGCUUCACACACUGCUAAAGAAAGACAAUAAAAUAGCUCUAUAA